CAGCCUCUGACGUACAUUGUACUGUGGUGCUGUAAGUGGUUGGUAACUGUGCUGAGUGACUGCCUUUUCUCAGACAAACUGAGCUGUAUCUACAAACUAGAAAGCAGUUUCAGUCUGACCCAAGCUCCAUCUUAGAAGAUCACCAGUUCCACAGAGAGGAAGCUCUAUACAAAUUCACAUCCAUGGGCAUUGGGGAUUACAUCUGUGUCACAAUCAGUGGUGGAGCACCCUGGGGAUUUAGACUGCAAGGUGGCAAAGAGCACAAGCAGCCAUUACAGAUUUCAAAGGUUCGGAAGAAGAGUAAGGCCUGCAGAGCUGGAUUAUGUGAGGGAGAUGAAAUGAUCGCAAUCAACGGUGAACCUUGUUCAGAAUUAACCCAUUCAGAAGCCAUGCAGUUGAUUGACGGGACCAGUGAAAAUCUACAAAUCCUGAUUAAAAGGCCUAUCAGUGAGAAAGCAGAUCAGCCAGAAUAUGGAGAUUAUGAAGGAACAGAGGGCCAAGAAACAGUUGAAAGCACGGUACAAGGCAGUAACAGUAAAGAGUCUUGCAAGCAGGGCCUUCCUUUUGAACUUUACAUCUCUGAGUCUCAGGAUGAGGCUUACUAUGGAGAGACGGAGAGUGACACAGAUGCUUUGGGGAAGAAAGAAGAAAACCAGAGACAGAACGUCUCUAGCUUGCUUUUGAAAGAAUGUAGCGCUUCUGGAGAAUCCCGGCAGGACCCUAAAUGGAAAGAGAAGAGAGGAGCCCAACAGACGGCCAUGGUGGAACUCCAGUUGUCCUUGGCUCAAGGGAAGCUUGGUGAUCCAAACACAACUGCUAUUACAAUCAUUGGGGCGGAAAAAAUCCAUCCUGCAGCCAGAGAGCCAACCGUGCUGUAUGAGAGUAUCCAGAAAACUGAAUCAGCAGCAUCAGAGACUAAUGGAAAUGUUACAACCCGGACAGUCUCGACUACUAUAUCACAGCAGAGCAGGAGUGACAAAAAGGUCAAGCUAGUCGAAAGUGAGCUACAAGGAACAGAAGCGGAUUCAUAUCAGUCUCGGGUGGAGCUGUCUUUGGAUUCCUCGGACAGAGAGCACAGUGGAAGGGAAGCCUCCACGUCCGAAGUUGGUAGCGCAUGUGCUGACUCGUUGGCUGAAGACGGACAGUCAAAAACACGUAGCACUCCUUCUUUCUCGGUUGGGAUUUCAUCAGAGGGAACAGAGCACGGAUCAGAGGGGACACGCUCUGGGAAGGAUUCUGCAAGAACACACAAACACCGGGCCAGGCAAGCCAAAAUUCGACGGAGUGAGAGCCUGUCAGAAAAACAGGUUAAAGAAGCCAAGUCUAAGUGUAAAAGCAUUGCCUUGCUCCUGACAGCAACUCCUACCCCCAGCUCCAAGGGGGCGUUAAUGUUUAAGAAGCGUCGCCAGAGGGCAAAAAAGUACACUUUAGUCAGCUACGGCACUGGGGAGUUUGAUCCCGACGACGAUCAAGAGGACUCCAUAGAAUUCACUCUGGUACCAACCAGUGAUUCAGAUCUUGACGAGGAUUUUUGUGCUGAUGUCAACUCAGCUCAGGUUGUGACGUUUGAUUGGGACACAGGUUUAGUGGAAGUUGAAAAGAAAGAGAAGACAGAGGACGAAAUGCAGAGAUUGCCAGAUAGCAAGGGCAAAGGUGCCUUGUUGUUUGCCAAGAGGAGACAAAGGAUUGAUCAGUACACAGCUGAGCAAGAGGAAAUGAGGAGAACAGGAGUGAAUGAAACUGCCUCCACUCACACUGUAAAAACAGAAAAUCAUUUCCAAACAACAAAAAGCGGCUUGUAUGAUUCAUCAAACAUAAUACAAAAUCAUGCCGCUGAAAAUUACAUUGAUGUAAGUAAGUUACAUGGAACUGAAAAUGUCUAUGGAGGGAGGGGGAGAUCUGAAAUGAUGAUCCAGGACUUGAAGUCUGCUGAAACUAGUAGAGCGGGUGCGACGAACAGAACAGCGACGCCAUUCCCUGGCGUGCAAAAUCGAACUGCAGCUCCCUUCUCUCCUACAAGAAAUGUGGCAAGUUCCUUGUCAAGUUUCCCUCCCCCUCCACCUUAUUCUUCCAUCAGUCCACCACCCGACAAUAUCCAUCGCGUUGCAUCUCCUCCUUUGGCCGCCGUGACUCAACCAGCCAAAUGGUCACCAACGGGAAUUGCAGGAGAGCAGAUAGCCUCCAGAGAUGAGAGAAUCUGUGUACCUGCAAUAAAAACUGGCAUUUUACAAGAUGCAAGAAAACGGAACACUACAAAACCCAUGUUUACAUUCGUUGACCGUCCUAAGGUAGCUCCAAAUCCAGAACUCCUGUCAAUGGUCAAAGGUAAGACAGACCAACGUAGAGGAGUAGAUCAGCCUGGUGGAGGUUUUGAGUCAGGACCUGAAGAAGAUUACCUUAGUUUAGGCGCAGAAGCAUCAAAUUUUUUACAGAUACCAGCAGUAAAGCAGAAGAAACCACCUCCAGUUGCACCAAAGCCAUCUGUUAAGAGCCCUCCUACUGGGCCAGACCCAACAUUACCUCCGUUAUCACCUACAGAAGUCACCAGUGCUCAAGCUCCAGUCCAUUCUUCUAAGAGUGCUAAGCAGAUGCCUGUAAAAUUGCAUUCAGUUCAACCAGUUAAUACACGGUACCAGUCCCAAGGUGCUGCCAACCAGUUUGUAUCUUCAACUGGACCCCGAUCAGUAACAUCAACACAUUCAUAUCCUUCAAAAACACCACCCACAACUCCCAUAGCAAAUUCUGCACCAGCUGGAGGUAUGGGUCCAGCCUAUGAGAUGCCAGCUUUGAAAGGUAAAGGAGCGCAGUUAUUUGCAAGGAGACAAUCUCGCAUGGAGAAAUAUGUAGUAGAUUCAUCAACAGUCAAAGCCAGACAAGCACGGUCAUCAUCCCCCACCCCUUCCAUGCCAGCAUCUUGGAAGUAUUCAUCCAAUAUAAGAGCACCUCCCCCUUUGGCUUACAAUCCUAUUCAUUCUCCAUCUUAUCCUCCUGGCAUUUUGAAAGCACAAGCACAAUCUGCAUCUUCAUCUAAGUCAAAUAAAGGUGCCAAAGGUAAAGGCACUAAAAAACCUCUCAAUGCUUUGGAUGUCAUGAAGCACCAACCAUAUCAGCUUAAUUCAUCUUUGUUCACUUUUUCAUCCACUCCUGAUGCUAAGACACCUCUAUCCACAAGCUCAUCACUUUCUAAGCAGUCCAUAAAAUCUGAUCCUGUUCCACUUCAACCAGUUAAUGCUACAUAUCCUGUUUCUAAGAGUGUCUCAUCUGUGUCAACAGGACCGUCUUUCAAUCAAGCCAGUACAGCUUCUGCUGAUGAGGAGUAUGUCUGUUCUUCUGGAAAGAAUGCCCUUGUACCCCCAAGUUAUGCAUCAUAUCCAAAGCAUGAAUCAAGUGCUCUGUCAGUUGCCAUGGCACCAAGACCAAAGUUUUCAGCAAAGAAAGUGGGCGUCACAGCACAGGUGCAGUCAAAAGGUUUCCAACCUGUACAAGUACCAGAAAAGUUACCACAAUACAAUUAUUGUCAUGGGCUUUCUGGAGCACAAGCAAUGAGUCGGCCAGCAACCCAGUCAUCUGGAAGACCAACAUCCCAGUCAGAUAAAAUUUCAAAGAAAAAACUGACCCCAUGGGAUGCUGCAUCACAGUCUGCUGUUGGUUCAGUAGAGGAAGCAUUUUCCAGGAGGAAAAUCCAGGAGUCAAUAGCAAAGAAUAUUGUGUCAGCAGCCCGCCGAAAGACAUUACCUGAGCCUCCAGAGGAAUGGAAGGCACGAGUAGCCUAUGUACCACCACUUCCAAGCAGUUACUCUUCUAUUGCUGCUUUCCAGGUGAGAAGACCAUCUAGCAUAUCGUCCUCAAUCAAAACUACAGCAUCCAUUCCAACAUCCACCAGCCAACAGAGUUCAAGGUAUAAACAGCCACUAAAUUAUCAGCAAUCACUGACUGACUCAGAUCUGUCUACUGGGACAUAUUCUGAACAUGAAACUUCAGGAAAGCAGGUAAUUGAUCCAAAUUAUAACCCUUAUCCACGGGGCUGGAAGAAACAAAGAUGAAACCAUAAAAGAAAAAUGUCUUCACCUGUGAUUCGUCAGGCAUUUCCUCAUGUUGAAGAUUACUGCACCGUUUGCAUCAACAGGAAAAGUGAACUGGGUUUUUAAAGAGAGCAGAUUCAAAACAUGGUGUGUGAAAAACUUUAAGAUAAAGAAAAAGCAUUUUGUGGUGGACAUUGCCUUCAGUAUUGGGUUUCCGUUGUGUUCUGCAGCACCUGAACUAUUUUCAUAUGCAUAUUUCAGUAAGGUAUUGAAUUACAAAUUGUUAAAAGUAUACAAGUGAAGACUAUUAUAGCACACACAAAGCAUUUACAGACAGAGAAUGCAAUGGAUUGGUCUGUACACUGCAGCAUUAACCUUAUGAUAUUAUUCCCAGAUAACAUACAGCCGUUGGUCCUAGAGACAGAUUAUUACAGCUUUGGGAUCUAUUUGAACAAAAAUAAGCAACCAUAAAAAUGGAUGUUCAUUAAGUGGUAGGUGUCAUAUUUUGCAUUGCACAAUUUAUAACAUUAGAGAAUAACUUGGCCAAUAAAAUGUAUACACAGAACUGGUUGUCUUGGGAUGAGUUACAAUUCUCUAACAGGUCAGAAGGGUUAAGGCAAUACCAUGAGAGGAAGUAUAAAAUAUUUUUCCCCAACACAGGCUAAUUGAAAAUUUCAAAUGCCAGAAACCAAGACAAAAAUUUUGGGCUUGUUUUUAUAGCAUUUUAACACAUUUUAACACAUUGCUUUUCAUUUACAAUAAUUGAUUAAGCUUUUGUUUGUGGACUUGUCUAUCCAAUGCAAUACUGACAUCACACACCAAGAAAGAAAGUAAAAUAAACUUUCAACUUUGAGGCAGGCAAUGUUAUAGGAUAAGAAAGCAAUGUGCAACAGAUUUUCUUUUAGCUGAGAAAUGUACUGCGCUUUGUAGAAAUAUUAUGCAUGUAGGAUAUUGUGAACAACAGCAAUGUCAGAGAAAUUUCUAGGAGAAUAGGUAAUAACAAACUAUGGCAAAAGGUGUAACAAAUACUUGAAAUUUAAUCCAUUUGACAAACAGAAAUCUUGAGUUUUUCUGUCCUGAAUAAAAAUUAGCCAUUAGAAUCAUGCAUGUUUGUCACAACCAAAAAAAAGUUAGCUUACAAAGGUUAACACAGUCUUCAUUAUUAUGAUACUUACUAUGUAAAUUGUAAAGAAAAAGAAAACAUAUGUAUAAAAUUAUACUUAAAAAUUAUCCAGCUCCAUUACAGCUAUCCAAAACGUACUGAGGAUUUGUUUUUAGAUCUGGAGAAUGCUUACACUUGGCCACAAAAUAAAAUCAUGCAUACUCUUAAGUCCUACAACUAUGCAAUUCUUUGAAAGUUAAAUAAAUAUUAUCUUGAAACAAAUAAUAAUGAAUUUGUACAUUAAGAAAGAUUGGUAGAAAUUGUACAGAAUAAUGUGUGUCACUAGGAAGUUUAGAAUGACUUGGGAAGCAUUACAGCUUUACGUUUUGAGCAAACGUUACUUUUUAAGUGCUCAAAGUGAAUUGGAAAGAUUGUCAUGGGUUACAGUAUGUGCAAUGUGUUUUGAGAUGUGAGUGCAGAAUUAAAGGGAGAUGUAGAAAGGUUUUGAAUCAUUUUGCUUACUCACUAAUGUAUUGGAUAAAAGUCAGAAUAGUGAUUAUUAGUGUUAAUCUAACAGCUAAAAUUGUGGUAAUCUGAAAUAAACAUUCAGACUAUCAAUUUUAUUUUUCACUCAUGCAUAGGACAUAGGUGCUUCUGGCUGGCCCAGCAUUUAUCACCCAUGUGAAAUUGCCAUUGAGAAGGUGGAAGUGAACUGCCUCUUGAACACCUCAGCCCAUAAUGGGUACACAUAUCAUGGGUUUGGAACGUGCUGCUGAAGAAGUUUUCGUGAGUUGUUGCAGAGCAUCUUGUAGAUGGUACUCACAUGCAUUGGAGAUGGAGGGAGUGAAUACUGAAGAUGUUAGAUGUGGUGCCAAUCAAGCAGGCUGCUUUAUCUUGGGUGUGGUCAAACUUCUUGAGUAUUGUUGAAGAUGGACUCAUCCAGGCAAGUGAGGAAUAUUCCAUCACACUCCUGACUUGUACCCUAAACAGGCUUUGAGGAGUCUGGAGGCGAGUUCCUUACUGUUGCAUUCCAAGCCUUGGACUUGCCUUUGUAGCCAAGCUAUUUAUCUGGCUACUCCAGUUUCUGGUCCAUGGUAAUUCCCAGGCUAUUGAUAGUGGGGAUUGAGCAAGGGUAAUGUCAUUGAAUGUCAAAGGUCAAUAGUUGGAUUCUAUCUUGCUGAAAAUGACCAUUGUCAGUCAGUUUUGAGAUACGAAUGCUAGUUGCCACUUAUCAGCCCAAACCUGAAUGUUGUCCAGAUCUUUGCAUAUGUACUUCUUCAGUAUAUGAGGAGUUGUGAUGGUGUUGGAUAUUGUGCACUUAUCAGCAAAUAUCCCCACCUCUGACAUUAUAAUCAAGAAAAGGUCACUGUUGAAGCAACUGAAAAUAGUUGGGCCUACGCUGUCCUGAGGAACUGUGCUCUGUGGUGUUGUGGUAGUGUCACCACCUCUAUAUCAGGAGGUGAGAGUUGAAGUCCUACCUGCUGCAGAAGUGUCUAAUAACAUCUCUGAGCACGUUAAUCAGAAAGUAUCUACCCUGAGGAUGUGUUAUGGCUGAGCUUAUUGACUUGCAGCAAUCAUAACCAUCAUCUUUUUUUCCAACCAGCAGAGAGUUUUCUCCCUGUUUCCCAAGACAGCAGAUUUGUUUUGGUUUAUUGAUGGCACGCUCAAUCAAAUGCUGACUUGGUGUCAAGGGCAGUACCCUCUUUUUUUAUUCACUCACGGGACAUGGGCCUCACUGGCUGGUCAGCGUCUUUAUUGUCCAUCUGAGUUGCCCUUGAGAAGGUGGUGAGCUGCUUCUUGAAUUGCUGCAGUCUACAUGCUGUAGGUUGAUUCCACAAUGCCGUUAGAGUGGGAAUUGCAGGGCUUUACCCCAGCAACAGUGAUGGAAGAGUGAUAUAUUUUCAAACCAGAAAGUAAGUGAUUUGGAGGGGGACAUGCAGGUGGCGGUGUUCCCAUGUAUCUGCUGCCCUUUUCCUUCUGGAUGGAAGUGGUCACGGUCUUGAAAGGUGCUGUCUAAUGAUCUUUGGUGAAUUUCUGUAGUGCAUCUUGUAGAUAGUACACACUGCUGCUACUUAGCAUUGGAGAUGGAGGCAGUAAAUGCUCCAUUGCACGCCUGACCUGUGCCUUGUAGGUGAUGCACAGGCUUUGGGAAGUCAGGAGCUGAGUUAUUCACCGCAGUAUUCCUAGCCUCUGACUUGCCUUUUGUAACCAUUGUGUUUAUGUGGCAUAUCCGGUGAGUUUCUGAUCAAUGAUAAACCCCAUGAUGUUGAUAGUGGAGGAGUCAGUGAUGGUAACACCAUUGAACGUCAGGUGGCGAUGGUUAGAUUGUUGCAUUUGAUCAAGGACUGCUUCGGUAUGCAUGGAGUCACUACUUCCUCUCAUGAGUUUAGUUUUUUUGUCCAUAUUUUGAGCAAAGCUGGAAUGAGGUCAGAAGAUGCAUGAGCCUGAAGAAACUGAGAUUGAGCUUCAGGGAGCAUGUUAUUGUUGAGUAAGUGCCAUCUGAUAGCAAUGUCAAACUCCACUUCUAUCACUUUACUGAUAAUUGAGGGUAGACUAAUUAGACAGUAAUUGACAGGUUUGGAUUAGUCCUGCAUUUUGUGAACAACACAAAACUGUGCAAAUUUCCACAUUGCUGGGUAGCUGGCAACGUUGUAGCUGUACUGGGAUAACUUGGCUAGGGGCAUGACUGGUUCUGGAGCACAACUAUAGUUCUAUUGUCUGGAUGUUGUCAAUGCCUACAGCUUUUGCAGGAUCCAGUGUCUUCAGCCAUAUACUGCUAUUUACCAGAACUGAAAUGAAUUUAACUCCCUCACUUCCCAGUUGUUGUGUAAUCAAAUGCAGUGAAUCAAUGUGGUACGGUAUCCUGGCAGUUGUAAUGAUGUCUCAUUCUGUGUCAUCUGCAUUUAAGCCACUGGGCCAGUCCAAAUGGUGACCAAGUGACUGAUGACCCACAACAUACACACAAAGAGAGUGGAAUGCCAGUCAGAAUAUGAUACAACAGACCAUUGGCACGCUGAAAUAAUGUUUUUUGCAGUGUGAACCACUCUGAAGAAGCCUUGUAGUACUUAGCUAGGUGGUAUCAAGAUUCACGGCUGUCACAUCAAGGGGUCAGGCCUUUGUGUCAGUUAUUUGGUGAGCAGCUAAGGAGAAGGAAGAGGAAUUGAAAUAGUUGGGGAAGCGGGGAGAAGCCACAGCAAAGGAAACAAAGCUAGAUAGUCCUGUCUAGCCAGGGUGUCCAUGGAAAUUUCAUCAAUCUGCUAUAUUGAAGAAAAUAUAACCCAAAUUUCCCAUUCGGCAACAGUCCCACAUGUUGCCUUCUCAUGGUCACUGACUAUCACAGUGUUAGAUUGCCAAAAUACAAAAAUAACAGACCACAUUAAAAUAAACAUUACAAAGUAAACUUAUAAAUUAAACAUUUUGAAUUGAAUACAAAAGUCAACUGAUCACACUUUCUCAAAAUGUGACACUAAGUGAUGCUGUUUUUCCAUCAUCAGUACUCUUCCAACAAUGGCUGUUCAAGCACUGUUUAGGAACAAUUCAGACCUUCAUCACCUGGAAGGAGAAAACCACAAGUGCAAGGUUAUGACGAGUGUAGAGCUGAGGAAGUAAAAAUUGUAUCCUUACAUUAUCUGAAGUUACUAAAACAGAAUAGAAUGUGGGAUAUGGCGAAAUUUUUUAUUUUUUAUUCUUGGGGUAUAGGUGUCGCUUGCUGAGUCAGCAGUUUCCCUCGAGAAGGUGGUGGCGAGCUAUUUGUCUUCUUGCAUCACUGCAAUCCAUUUGCUGUAAAUAUUUCCACAAUAGUGUUAGCGAGGGAGUUCCAGGAUUUUGAAACAGGUUAUUGCCAAUCAAGUGCUGCUUGAUAGCACUGUUGAUGUCACCUUUCCAUCACUUUACUGAUAAUUGGAAAUGUACUGAUGACACAAUAAUUGGCAGGGUUGGAUUUGUCCUGCUUUGUACAGGCAUUACCAUGGCAAUUUUCUGCAUUGUUUGGUAGAUGCCAGUGUUGUAGCUAUAAUGGAACAGCUUGUGACAAUAUCACUAGAUCAUCAGCUUUCCUCAAUGAACAAUCUAUUUCAGUGAGAUGUCUGCCCUGUUUAAGUAGCUGAAAGUGUCCUCAUGCAAUGACGUCUGGAUGAGAGACUUGCAGCACUAUGAAAUAUGCGAGGGUGCCUUGAGGUUAGGAACAUUAAGUCUAAAUUUUGAUUGAUGGAAAUUGUUAUGAUGUGAGUAAUGGAGAAAUUAAAUGAUAUCAGGGGCUAGUGGUGAAAAUGAUGGAAUAUUGCAUUUGACAAUACAUCCGUUGCCCUUGAUACUCAUUUGAGAUAAUUGAAUCCUUUGUGGUACUACCUGUAGGUCAAGGGUGUAGAUGAUUUGUACAUUAGAAUCCUCGUACCAGCUUUUUGUGGCUAUAUUGUUCUGCUAAAAUGUCAAUGAUUAUAUCCUUCCCUGCAGAAAAUUAUUUUGGGUUUAAUCAAAACUUAACAUUUGGUCCUUAAACAUCCUGAACAACUGGCUUAAAUCCCAAAAUAUCACAUAAUGUAAAACAUUUUACAUCAAGUAUAAUGCAUCAUUAUAGCAAUACUGAGUUGGUCAUUUCUUGAUGUUAAGGUUCUGUAUCUUUUAGUUGAAAACAAUGGAAACACUGAUAUUCAUGUAAAACUCAAAAUAUCAAGACCUUCACAUAGUGUUCCUAUCCUAUCAAAUUUUUACUGUCUUCAACAAAAUUUCAUAAUUACAAACAGAAUGUAGACACAUUGUGGUACAUAUAUAUAAUUACAUAAAAAUAGCUGUGAUGCACUCAUUGAAUGCAGAAAAAUAUGGAACAAUAUUUGAACUGCCCUAACUUUACUGUUUGUGUACACAUUUUGAACUGGUGUUCUUAUCUUGGCAUUAUCUACAUUAUGACUUUAAUUCAGCGAGUUGAAUUUCUAGUUGUAUUACAAUGUUUAUAUACAAGUAUAUGGGAGAAAUAUGCAACACUUCAAACAUGUUAAGCACUGAAAACGUAUUAUACAUAGCAUGUCACAUUUAUAAAAUGGUAACUUGAGACAAAUAUUUGUUUUUACUUGCAAUAUUUGUCAAUUAUGCUUCUGAUAUAGUGGUACAGAAUGUUCAAAAGCACGUAUUUGAUUUGCACAAUUCGUAACAAAAACUUUGUUCCAUUAUUAAAAUGCUUUGAAAUAAA